UUCACAGAAUUACAAAACGCUUCGAUUUUCAAAAUAAAAUAAAAAAGAGAGAAUAGCCGUUCAUUUAAAUUCUUUUUUAGUCAAAAAAAACCCCCAAAACUAUUGAUAGUUAGUUAAAAUGGCAGUGAUCAUUGGACACAGCCAAACAAAGUACUUUGCUAAUUACAUAUCUGACAUUGAUGCAUUGUGUUUAAGUUUCAGUGGUUGUCGCGUUAAAGAUUUGAUACUAUAUGACGGCGUUCCAGAGGCAAUUGCCAAUACUUCGGUUGUGUGUAUUGUGUGUGGUAUAAAUAACAUCUACUUUAAGAAGACCAGAGAUGAAUGGCAAAGAACAUCCAAUUUGAUAUUCAGUCCGCGUCAAACAGAUUUGAGAUUUUAGAAAUAGAAUCGUGUGAAUUACUUACGUCAAAAAACGACGAAGAGGACUCAGAGACAACGCACGAGGAAAAGCCGUCGCGAAAAAUCAAAGGAAAGUCUAAUAAAUUACCUGCGAGUGAUGAUUUCGUUCAGUAUGGUGGUGGCCAUCCAGAAGUUUUUAUGAACAUAGCAAAAACUCUGAAAAAUAAUGUUGCUAUUGAUAUUCUUAACAGUGCCAAGAGCGGCGAGGUCAGCGAGAAGAUAUCCACUGAUGUGCCCAUGAAACCAAAAGGGGGCGAAAUUUACUUAAUUGACACGAAUGAACUUCCAAAUAAAAAGGACGCUUUAUUUGAUAGGUAUUUUUGGAGACACAACGGAAGUAAACAUUAUCCAAGAAACACAAAUGAACCAAAAUUGGUUAAAUCAAUCUACAAGAUAAGGGACAAAUCAAAUGAAAAAGGUUUUUCAACAACGUUUCAAAGAUAUACGUAUAAAUUGACGGAAUGUGACAGAUUCGUUUUAGUUCAAUACAUUGGUGAUGAAACUAGCGUAAAACCUACAACACACGGAAAUAGUAAAACUUCAAAAGAGUUCGUACCUACUAAGCCGUCUGUAAUCGAAGAAAUAAAAGAAAAUGCAGACAACUUUUGACGAAUUGUCAAAUUAAAUGAAACCAUGUUAAUAGUAAAUAUUCUAAUUCAUCCCAAGUUUUGUGUUAUGAAAUGUGUUGUUAUAUUUUUGUGUAAUUUUGUUGUUAUAACAUUAUUAUGUUUGUAUGUAUAUAAUCUUUGUGAUAAAAUGAAACAAUCUGUUAUCAUUUAUAAUUGUCUUCCUCAAAUAAUUUGCGAUUUAAAUUUGAAUAUGAAUUUGA